AUGCAUGGUGCAGCCAAUAGUCCAGUAUUUGCCAUUUGCUACUGUAUUGUCGGUGUCCUUGGUGUCCCUGCCAACUUGCUGGCGAUCAUAGUUCUAUCCCGAGGGCGGUGUGGACUAUCUCGUUGCAUCACCUUCUAUCUAGUGAUGAUAGCAGUGAAUGAUUUCCUUGUUAUUGUCAUUGCCGUGAUCCUCAACCGAAUAGGUGGCACUUACUUUCGCUACAGUCUCUUGUCCACCACCCCUGGAUGUACAGUCACCAGUAUGCUGGCUUAUACCACACGGGAUGGUUCAGUCUGGCUGACUGUGGCUUUCACCAUCGACCGUUUUGUGGCCAUCUGCUGCCAGAGUCUGAAGACCAGAUACUGCACUGAGAAAUCUGCAGCACUAAUCAUCGGAAUCAUAUGUGCUAUGAGUUGCGUCAAGAAUGUCCCUUACUUCUUUAUUCACGAGCCCUUGUACAUUCUGGAUGGGGUGCCUUGGUUCUGCGGUAUCAAGGACAGUUACUACAUUUUGUCAGUCUGGCAAGUCUACGACUGGAUUGACCAUACCUUAACCCCAUUCCUCCCAUUCUUCCUCAUUCUGUUGCUCAACACCUUUACUGUCAAACACAUCAUAGCGGCUAGCAGAUCCCGCAAGAGGCUCAGGGGAACCGAACAUCGACAAGAUCAUGAGAUGGCCAAACGCAGGAGGUCCAUUAUUAUGCUUUUUGCCAUCUCAAUGAGCUUUCUUCUCCUGUGGGUCACAUAUAUUGGACGCUUCCUCUACGUGCGAAUUUCAGGCGAGGGAUACUUCACUGGCCUGGAUUUCAAUAAUCCACGGUACAUUCUUCAAGAGAUGACCAACCUGCUUCAGUUAGUCAGUUCCUGCAACAAUGUCUUCAUUUACGCAGUAUCACAAAAUAAAUUCCGCGAGGAACUGCAAAAGGUGAUGUUAUGUCGCUUUGCCAGAAUAGCCAGUUGCAUUAAACGUUAA